AUGGGGAGCUCAUCCUCCUCUUGCUCUUCCUCAGCCUCUUCCAUGGCUCAUCUUGGUUCCCCUCUUGUCAUCUUCAUCAACCAAUUGGUUCACCUCUUCUCCUUCCUCUUCACUCUCAGUUUCCUCACUCCUUCCUCAUUUGGAGAACUCCAAUCUCAAACUCCCCUUGCUCACUCUCACUACUAUAGGGUCAUUCCUCUUCUUGGUUCUCCUUUCUUCCCUCACUCUCACUCUCAGACUGUUCCUCAGAGUAGACAUAUCCUCUGCAUCAGAUUCUUCCAUCCUCUGAUCAUCCUCUUCCAAAUCGGCUUGCAUCUUAAGCCUUUCUCUCUUGCAUUGCUUGAUUCACCCUCAACCAUUCUCCUCUGUGAAGCGCGGCUUCCCUCACUGUUUGUCAUCCUUGUUACUCUGUUUCUUCACUAA